UACAUAUUAGUUAAUUUAUUUUUUAUUAUGUUAAUUAAUAUAUAAAUUUUAAAUAAUUUAGAAAAAUCAUUAGACUUUUUGUUUUUAUAUAAGUGAUAAUGAAUUAAAGAAGCAUUCAUUUUCAAUGUAAAAUUUAAUUAUAAUGACAUAAUAGCAUAAUAACAACCCCUAAAAUCAAAUGCUAACUAGAUAAGAGAGUGCACACGGUGGCAAGAGUACGUGUGGUGAAAUGGGGCUCGAAGGGUCACGUAAGGAAGCGUUGGUGGUGGUAGCACUGUGCCUGGUGUGGUACGCGGUGAGCUCUGCCAGCAACGUGGUGGGCAAACUGGUACUGACGGACUUUCCUUAUCCCAUGACGGUUACGAUGGUGCAGCUGCUGUCCAUCGUGGUAUACAGCCCGCCAGCAUUUGCGAUGUGCGGGGUGCGGCGUGAGACAGAGUUCCUGCGGCGCUACUACUGGCGGGUGCUGGUGCCACUCGCCUUUGCAAAAUUUUUGACCACAGUUUGUUCCCAGAUUUCAAUUUGGAAGGUGCCCAUUUCUUAUGCACACACAGUGAAGGCGACGACGCCGCUGUGGACGGCGGCGCUGGCGCGGCUGCUGUUCGGGGAGCGGCAGCCGCGCGGCGUGCAGGCGGCGCUGGUGCUGAUCGCGGCGGGCGUGGCCGUCGCCUCCGCCACCGAGCUGCACUUCGACUCGCUCGGGCUGGGCGCCGCGCUGGCGGCGGCCGCGCUGCUCAGCCUGCAGCACCUCUACUCGAAGCGCGUGAUGCGCGACACGGGCGCGCACCACCUGCGGCUGCUGCAGGCGCUGAGCCGGCCGGCGCUGCUGCUGUUCCUGCCCGCGUGGGCGUGCAGCGACGGCGCGGCGCUGCGGGCGCGCGGCGGCGCGGCGCCGGCCGAGGCCGCGCUGCUGGCGGCGGACGGCGCGCUGGCCUGGCUGCAGGCCGUGGCGGCCUUCAGCGUGCUGUCGCGGGUGUCGCCGCUCGCCUACGCGGUGGCGUCGGCCGCCAAGCGCGCGGCCGUGGUGGGCGCCUCGCUGCUGGUGCUGCGCAACCCCGCGCCGCCGCUCAACCUGGCCGGCAUGGCGCUCGCCGCGCUCGGGGUGCUCGCCUACAACCGCGCCAAGCUGCACGCGCGCGCUCGGCCCGCGCUGCCCGUCUGA